UCUUGUCCUAAUUUUCAUCUGGGCUUUCUUAGAUCACUGUAAAAAAAAUCCCUUUAUCGUCUUCUCAAACAGGUCUCUUCCGAUUUCAGAUGGUGGGCAACGAUGCAUUUAUUUUUGUGGAUUUUAAGAUUGGUGUCUGAGGUUCUGUUGUUCGAAAAUGAAGGAAAAGGAGAAAAGGGGGGAUCCUGUGGUUUUCAAAAUUGGGGCUGCUUUGGUGUUUUCCAUUAGUGGGAUUGUUUACACUUUUUUCAGAAACAAACAGGGGAUUAAGAGGCCCCCCAAACCCACCCCCCACGACCACCAGUCUUGUCCAGAAAAUUCCAGCCAUGGAGAUGAUGAUCGCGAUCAUGGCUUUGAGGCAAUAAGACGUUCCAAUUGGGUCGACUACAGAGACAGUUCCUUCUUGCAAGAACCUAACCACAUCGACCUCGACCUGAAUGAAUGCAAUGCAUCGGAUCUUUCUAAAGACGGGCAAUCCAACGGAUGCGAUGAAAAUGCCGAAUUCGAGAGAGAGAUCAGGACACUACGUAGCAAGGUGAAGUUUCUAGAAGAACGCGAGAGGGUGCUCGAGACUCAGCUGCUCGAAUACUACUACAAUCUCAAAGAACAGGAAACCAUCCUAUCAGAACUGCAGAAGCGUCUGAGAUUAAAAAACAUGGAGACAAAGCUUUAUCGGGUCAAGAUCGAAUCGUUGCAAUCGGACAAGAGACGGUUAGAAUUGCAAGUUUCGGAUUAUGCUGACGUGGCGACUGAACUGGAAGCUGCUAAGGCAAAGAUCGAUCUUUUAAGGAUGAACGAAGCUAAGGAGAAUCGCGAGCAGAUUAUGAAGCUUCAAAUGGUGCAUAAUACAUCUACGAAUAAAUACGUAUACAACAUUGGAACAAGGCCACAUGCAAAUUAGUACUACGUAGUUAACAGGACCGGCCCUGGGCCGAGUAGUAGGAGGACCGCCCAAGGCUCAUGGUAAAUAGGAAUUCAUUAUAUAUUUAUAUUAUAUAUGUAUAAUUUAUAUAUAUACAAUUUAUUUGAUAUAUAUGAAUAGAAAAAGCUGCAAUUAAGUAGUAUAGAGAUUAAUUUUUAAUAUUAAAAUUUAAGUUCAAAUGUCA